UAAACUAUAACCAUCUCUUUUCUUCUACUGGCUUUUAAAGGCCCAAAACUUUUGACAUUUUAUAGCCUUUAUAAAUUAAAUAUUCCUCUCCCUCUUUUCUGUCACAGAACUGAAAAAAUAAAGUUCAUCAGGCAUUUUUUCAUUCGUUAAUUGUUGGAAAAAAACUUAAUAAACCGCUAACACAAUGCCUAAAAAUAAGGGAAAAGGUGGCAAAAAUCGUCGUCGUGGUAAGAACGAAAAUGAAUUCGAGAAACGUGAAUUGAUUUUCAAAGAAGAUCAGCAAGAAUAUGCACAAGUUACAAAAAUGUUGGGAAAUGGCCGUCUGGAGGCAAUGUGCUUUGAUGGUGUCAAACGUCUGUGUCAUAUUCGGGGGAAACUAAGAAAGAAGGUCUGGAUCAAUCAAGGCGAUAUCAUUUUGGUUGGUCUUCGUGACUAUCAAGAUUCAAAGGCCGAUGUUAUUCUUAAAUACACAUCCGAUGAAGCUAGAAAUUUGAAAACUUAUGGUGAAUUCCCUGAAUCUGUGCGUAUCAACGAUACAGUCACCUUUGUGGAAGACGGUUUGGAUGAAGAUAUUGAAUUUGGUGAUGAAAUCAGUUCUGAUGAUGAUGCCGACUCUGUGGACAAUAUCUGAUUAAGCGCUAAAACUAAGAGAGACAUAAACAAUCAAACAACAGCAGCAGCCGCAACAGCAACAACAACAACAGAAGAAGAGGAAAUUGAAUUGAACAAAGUGAAAAAUUGAAUUAAAGAAGAAUAAAUUAAAAAAAAAA